CGUGAAGAUCACGAGAUGGCUGACUGCAGCACCUGCAUCAAUAGAAUCCUUUAAGCCCUGGCCGAAUGACUCAAUCCUCUCCCAGAAUUUCCGACUCGUUUUCCCAACCCACUCUUUGCUCGGGGAAACAAACUGAGCUCGCCGUGAAGCGAAUAUCAUAAUAGGGGGUUUACAGCUUUGACCAAAUCGUGAACAACAAGCACGAAACCUUAACGAGAACAAAAUAGAACACACCUGUCGAUACUAAAAUCUAACCAAACACUAUCAAGAUGAAUCCAGUUAAUGCCAAGCCUUACGAGCUUCCAGCUGAUGCAACCUGGUUGAUUACCGGCUGCUCAUCUGGAAUCGGCCGCGCCAUCUCGGAAUUAGUCGCCAGCAAACCCAAUCAGCGUUUGAUUGCCACAGCUCGCAACCCAUCCGAUCUCGCUUACCUUCCCGACUCCAAUCCUAAUAUCCUUAAACUCGCUCUCGACGUAACCUCUGCUAAGUCAAUUAAUGAAGCAUUUGCUGCUGUUUCUAAGCAUUUCGGUGACUCUUUCCAUCUUGACAUUGUUAUCAAUAAUGCUGGCUACUCCCUUUCUGGAGACACCGAAUCGGCGACUGAGGAAGAAGCUCAUUUAGAAGUCGAAACUUUAUUUUUUGGCACCGCCAGAGUCACGAUGAAAGCUGUUGAGGUUAUGCGCCAGCAUAAAGAACAUCGUGGAGGAGUCAUUUACCAGAUUUCUUCUCUAGCGGGAUUGUGUUCAUUUCCCGGUAAUGCUUAUUACCACGCUGGUAAAUAUGCAGUGGAAGGUUGGACUGAAUCUGUUGCGCGAGAAAUGCAUCCUGAUUGGAAUAUUAAUUUUUGUAUAAUCGAGCCAUCUGGUGUGAAAACCAACUUUGAAGGCCACAGCAAAGCCCACACUGCACCUCAUCCCGCCUAUUCUGCUCCCGAUAUGCCUGCCCGUAUACUCGAGAAAUGGGUAAACAUGGGUAUCAAGAGCGGUGUUGGUAUGCUCGACCCCAAUGGUAUAGCACAAACUAUCUAUGAGAUAGCUAGUCGUGGAGAGAAAGUACCACUUCGACUUCCUUUGGGUCCAACGGCGUGGAAGUUGAUUAGACAGAAAUAUGAGGGGUUUUUGGGAGAGUUGGAUGCGGUUAAGGAUGUCAGUUUUAUGGGGAAAGAUACUUGACUUCAGGUCGUGAAACUUUCCGAAGUGCGGAAAAGAUUUCUCAUGGGAUCACCGGAAGAUGGGAUAGAUAGAGUGGAAGGUCUUGUAAUUGAAAGAGAUUCAACAUCUCUUCAAUGCCGAGGCUUUUUCGUAAAAACAUUGAUCCGUUCCGAACUUUUUUUGACAAUUCAUCAACUUCACAAGUUAGGAUGCUCAAUCAAAAUACA